AACAGGUAGCAGGAUUUCUAAAGGGUUGAUUGUUAUAAUGGAGAUAUCUAAGAUCAUAUGGAUAACAGUUUUGCUAUUUACAGCAUCAUCAUUUGCUGAAUUUCAGUUCAAGGUACCAACAGAAAACUGCGUUUAUGGAACAAGUUGUUUUUUAACAUGCGGUACAAUAGAUAGAUCCAAAGAUGUACAAUUCCUUCAUGGUGGUAAACCAUUACUAACUUGUUUGGCAAGAAACUACUACGAGUCUCCAUGUUUGAUUGUACCAGACAGUCAAGGUCUUGGCUAUCGCACAUAUUAUGAUUCCAUGAAAUCAGAAAUUCAAAUCAAAAUAACAAUUAAAGAAAACGAUAACGCCAAUUGGACUUGUAAGAAUGGAAAUCAAGAGGCAAGUGUUCACGUAAACGCUGGUUAUACAUCGUUUGUUACAAAGUUUACCACUUGGAAUAACAUUGGAUAUGAUCAGGAAGUAGGACAGGAAGUGAAUUUAGUUUGUCAAGUUGGGAUGCCUUAUGGUAGUAACUACGACCCUACCAUGGUAUCAACGUCUAUAACUAGAAAUAGUGAUGCCAGCAAUCUUACUACCACUGUUUCUAAGGGGUAUUUCCUGAAUUACAGAGCCACAACUAAAUUGAAAUGUACAGAUCACUUUUUUACAUGUUUGACUUGGACUGGAUUUGGUAAAUUGAGUAGUAAUACUGUAGAGGUAAAUGUCAAAUGUCCAUUGCAAAUAUUUUACGAUAUGAUAACAACAAACGUAACAGUUGAACUGGGUAACCAUAAAGGACGUUAUUUAGAAUUGUACUAUUCUGGUUAUCCAGUGACAACCAGAUGGUAUAAAAAUUUUCCAGAAGGAGAUAAGUUAUUGAAUUAUAUAGAUGAAAUCGGCGAACUAAAUAUAAGAUCUAGAAAAGAGGUAUUGUUUAUUAAUGCUAAGCUUGACGAUGCUGGACAAUAUACAGUAUAUGUUCGACAGAAUGAUACCGUCCUUAAAGUUGUUUACCAUGUGACUGUAGUAAUGCCAACAACCAUACACAAGACAAGCACUAAUUCUCGAGAUUUUUCAACAUCCAGUAGAACUAAUUCUCGAGAUUUUUCAACAUCCAGUAGCGUCACCACACACACGACAAGCACCAUUUCAAGAUCAGAACAACCAAAAUCCAAAUAUACCACCAAUGACUCGAGAAGUACCCAAAUAAAUAAAUCGACAACGAAAGAUUCAAAAAUGGAACUUGUUACCAGUAAAGAUAAUAAUGGAAGUUGUCAACAAUUAAGUAGUUUAAUGACUUUGGUGGUAUUGGCGUUUUUAUCAUUCAACUUUUUAUAGAAUAUAUAACAACAAAUCUUUGAACCCCACUAUGCUUAUUAGAAAAGUACUCAAUUCACGGGCUAUGAGGUGGAAAAUCCAUACUAUUUCUUACCUAUUACCAUUGGCUUUGUAUAAAAUAUCUAUCAAAUUACUUAAAAUCCUAAAUUGAAUCACACAGAUCCGAAUAUUUAUGUCCAAUGGGCAGAAUUGUCUCAAAGGUCCUGAUUGGUUUUUGUUGUUGAUUUUCUAUGAUAUUGCUCACAAAUGCACACAGUGUUAUAUUGUUUUAAAAAUGUGAUCUUCUAAUUGACACGAAUUGUGUUGUUAGUCGAUGCUGCACUUUCAUCAGUAAACUAGAUUAUUUCAACCUU